AUGGCAACAACACAAUUCGAUCCCCCUCUACCGGGUUCCUCUUUCUUCGACAUCUACAAUGAUGGCGCUGCCCAGCGCAACCCCGUCCCUUUGCCUGGAGGAGCCUGCAACUACGUGGACUUGACGCCCGGCGCCAAUGGAGCCAAGUGCGGAUGCCGUCGUUUCUGGAGCCGUUUCGCCGUCGGGAGAGCAUACACGGACAACCUGGGUACUGAUAAUUCCGUCUGGUGCAUGUGUUCGCAUCACGCCUGCUUCCACGAUGAUGGACGCGCCGCGAGCGAGGCGCCAGCGCCGGCGCCGACGCCCGCAUUCACACCCACGCCCGUCGCGCAGGUUGCCGGCCAGGAAAAUGAGAGACCGAGGAUGUCCAGGGAGCCUCUUAGCCCGGUCCAGCUGCCAGAUAUGUCUUUUCGGAUGCCCACCGGAUUCACCCCGACCAUGGAGUUUAUGAACCUGGACGCUGCCAUGGCCGUAUCCCCAAACAAACCCGAGGAACCUAGGCCUCGCCAACCGGACCAUUCCACACAGCGGCCGGAGUCCACUCUACAAGAUACGUUAAGCUGGGGCGAUUUCAUCCAGUCCCAUCCAGGAAACACUGCGUUGCCGCCCAUACCAGCCCAAUGCCUAAUGCAAUCUCAACCCAGUUCCACAGCGUCAUCCAGCCAGGCUCGCUACCUUCGUCCGUUUGCCGGGAAAGGUCUCCAGACACUUAGUAGUGUUACAGCUUCUAACCUGCAAUCUCCACGAAAGGACAGAUUCCAGAAUGCGAACCUCCCCGCCCAACAGGAUCAACAGGCCAAGGACGAUACCGGGGCCGUGGGCUCCGCAGUCCCCCCAGGCGCCGUUGAAAAAGUAGAUGCUGUGUUUGCUGGACCCUCCCGGCAUACCUUUCGGCACCUCUCGGACACUGUUCAAGGACAUGAGCACCGCCUCGAGAGGCUGGAAAAUGUUUCGUUUUCUGCUGCAGGCCACGAUGAGUGCCACGAGAAGCACGAUGCCACUGAUCUUCGCGUGACUGACCUUGAAGUCCGCGUCGAGGAGGUUGAGAAGCUCAUGAAUGAUAACAGCAGUACUGCAGGCCGCCGCGCUGACCGCCCAAACUUUGAUGAGUCGACCAACAGCGUUAUCUCGGUUGCAACUAGUACCACCACCCGAGCAGGGCACUCGGGCGAGAUAUUCAGUCAGAUCCAGUCGUUGCAGUCUCAGAUCCUUCAGCUUCAGUCGCUACUCCCCACGAACGUUCGACCUUGGGAAAUUGAAGUUGUGUUUCUACCUUUCCCAUUGAAGAGAAUCUGGCAGGAGCUCCAGGAUUUCAAGUCGGAUGGUCCUUCAAGCUUAGAUGAGUGGACGCAAAUGCCCAACACCAUGAGCUCCGCGACUCUGAGGGCACAGUCGCCCUUUUGCGCCGAGUGGGCCGAUCCGGGCCACGAUUACGAAUGGCUGAUGGCCAAGGCGUGCAGCCCUAUGAGCAUCAUCAACAAGAGACUGGAAAGCCGCGGCCUCGUGCGCACCAUCUCCGUCAAGGGAUCCGACGCCAGAAGCGUCCAGGCAGCAAUGCAUGCUGCCUUUGGCACCGCCUUUGCCGAACUCUCGGGCGGCUCGCGUUCGGCCUCACGGCGACGCAGUCUCGACAGCAAGACGAGUCGCUUUCUGGGCUUGCAACAGCCGUGGGUUCCGCUCCGCAAGAUUCACAAAGACUCUCGCCUCCGCUUCUUGACGCCGGCGGAAAUGAUCACCCCCGCUCUCUGGGACGUAUCGUUCCUCAACUCGGUCAUCAUGCGGUCCUCUGAACCUCGCCUCUUCAUCACUCAGCCCGAGGCCUAUCUCCAGGAUCUGCCAGCCUACGAGAGUGGCUGGAACUGGCAACGUCUACGGGAGAUAAGCCGAUUUUACCCUGACUCCCAAGCAACUGUGCCCGAGGCCGACGCGCGAGAGGACUACUGGGUGUGGAAUGAUCAGCUUGACGAGACCCCAAGCGCCCAGUCAUCUCUGAGCAUACGACAGGCCGGCCAGCGCGUGUCAGCUUCCCCUUCUCUACACCAAAUCGCGAUGGAAUCUUCGAUGCGAUCCUCCAGCCCCAUGAUGACCCGUGGUCAGACUCCCGCAAGGGAACGAAGAGCCUCCAAACCCCCCUACAUCCGCACUACCUCGUUGCCUCCGGCAAUUCCCGCAAACUUCUCGCCAUCGCAGCAAAUCAAGCGUCGUGUCUCGUCCUUCGGACAGCAAAGAGCGGGCGCUCAUGUUCGCACCAGCCCACCAAACAUUACGACAGCUUACAAACGCCGCCGAACUCGUUCUCCGAGCCGCCCCCUUAACACGCCGCGCUGGACUGUAUCACCAAGCCCCAUGCCCGGUGUGAUUCCCUCCGACGAGCGUCACCCAUCGACUCGUGGCAUCACGCCACACUAUUAUGCCACCCCGUACAGCAACGCGCCCCUAGCAGAGACGCGUCCACGUGGCUCGGGCGGCGUCGUGGAGGGCUCGCCCACGGAAGAUGACGAAAACCUAGAUCCCGAUUACGGAAGCACGAACCCAUACGAUGACGGCAAUGAGAGCGACUACAGCGUCGAGAUGGUGGCUCAGCCGGUCCCGGUUCGGGAGGGUGACUCAUCGUACUCGCGGCAGAUUCAGUUGCCUGAGGAUGAGCCUUGGCCAGGCAUCGAGGACCAGGACCAUAUGUCUGACGGCGAGAACAUCGACCCGCUCUUCUCCCCGACGGCCGAAGAUGACGUGCACUCCGAAGUAAGCAGCCAGCCGUCCGAGUAUCCCAGCACCCAGCGAGGCUGGCAGGUCCCUGGCGCAGACGAAGGUGUCGGUUUCCGCAUCCACGAAGACCACGAGCGCAUGCAUGGCUGGAACUAG